AUGCAUGCAAUGAUGAAUGAUUCAUGUCCUCUCUAUGAUGGCAGUUAUAGCCAAGACUCUCUCCUUAUUGUGUCACCAGGGACAAGCAGUAAGCAAGACUCACAAACUAGCAUCAGGGGUGCAUGCACUCCUGCUAGCAUAGCUAACAACAAGCAAGACUCUCUCCUCAUUGUGUCUCCAGAACUCGAAACAAGCAUAGUGCAAGACUCUCUCCUCAUUGUGUCUCCAGAACUAGAACUCGAAACAAGCAUAGCGCAGGACUCUCUCCUUAUUGUGUCUCCAGAACUCGAAACAAGCAUAGCGCAAGACUCUCUCCUCAUUGUGUCUCCAGAACUCGAAACAAGCAUAGCGCAAGACUCCCUCCUCUUUGUGUCACCAGAACUCGAAACAAGCAUAGCGCAAGACUCCCUUCUUAUUGUGUCUCCAGAGACAAGCAUGACUACCAACACGCAAAACUCUCUGCUCUUAUCUCCUGUUGUAGACAGCAGCCAAGAGUUGUUUGUGUCCUCCAGCUUCACUAACUGUGAUGCUGACUCCGAACUACUCGAACUCAUGGAUUUUGAUCCCCAAUUUGAAGCUCCUUUGAAUUCAACACCUGUCAAGAAGCGAAGGACAGAAGAUCCUUUGGAAUAUGAGAGUGAAUCUCCUGUAAGCUCUCAUCGGUUUCAAUGUUGUGGAAGGGUGUGUAUUGCUGCAUUUACUCAGCAGGAAGUACAGAAAGUUAGAGGUAUCUUUAACAAAAAGAGAAGAGCUGACCAGAAACAGUUUCUGUUUGAUACCUCAUUGAUAUUUAUUCCCUCAUCAAGCAGACAAUCAUCGAGCUCAAGCAAGCUUACGAUGAUGCUCGAAGGAAAGCAUGUAUGCAAGAACGCCUUCUUGAAUAUUCUUGGAAUUUCAAACAAGAGAUUCAAAACAGUAACCGAAUAA